UCGGAAGUCAAGCGGUGUUGCACAAAAGCAUAUAACAUUUUAAAUUGUGUUGGAUUAAAUUACAAAAUAAUAGUGCUAAAACAAAAUUUAAAUAAACAGGAAAACAUUUAUUUGCUGGAACCGAACGAAAACCAAAACGCCAAAUAUGAGUUCCACUUUUGAACAACAUUUGCUAGAGAUAUCCGCCGAACUUUACGCCCCAUCGGAUAAUUCUGAUUUCGCCGUCGUCCGUGAUUUUAUAAUAGAUAUAGUAAAGGAUAAUAAAUUGCUGACUUCAACAUGCAAGGUAGAACCGUUAGAGUUUGGCAGUCGUGCUUUGGGAAUCCACAAAUACGAAAGCGAUUACGACGUAAUGUUGGUGCUUGAAUUUCCGUAUUUCGAAGAUAUAUUUGUGCGGACAGAUCAACAUCGGCCGGGGAUGGUGCACUUGGACUUCAAAGAUUUGCCCUUUAACACUUUAACAGCGGACGCUCUGCUGGAUAACCGCUGUUAUCUCAAGCGUGAAGGGGUGCAAACUUGGAUGCAGGGCAUCCUGAUGAAUGUCGUGGGUCGCCAGGUGAGAGGCAAGUCAUGGGAAUAUUACCGACUACGUUACCACCGCGGACCCAAUUGUCACACUAUCAUCGCGGAAUCAGAAACUCGCGUGUUCUCUAUUGACUUUGUGCCGGCCAUAAAGAUCCAUUUCGAUGAUUCCGACUGGCAGGCCAUUCCAAAGUGGGCGGCAGGUCCGAAGCGCUCAGACGGUAACACCUUUUUAGUGAGCGCCAUUGAAGACGAAAUAUAUCGCUUUGAACUGGGUGGUUCGGUUAUCAGAAACGCCGUAGUGUUACUGAAGGCGCUAUGCGAGGCCAAGAACCUCCCCAAGAUUCGUAACUACCAUUUGGUUUCCACGGCCAUCCGUCUUAUCGAGAGAGAUGAUUUCGAUGAUUCUUCGUUGGAAUAUGUCUUUUUGGAUCUUCUCUACGAUCUGAUCGAUGCCCUGGAGGAUAAUGACCUUUCGUACAUCAGCUAUGGUGAUCUGAAUCUGCUUACAAACUUUAAACCACACCAGGUCCUUGAAUACGUAUCUGUUUUGGACAGUGUGUAUAGCACCCUCAAAACUUAUCCGUACCAAUACAACCUUUCCUAUGAGCGAUGCAGCUGGCACUUUUUUGGAAACGAUGAAGAUGACUACGACUACUAGGGUUUGUCAGCCUAUUUAUAAUUUGUUUCAAUAUUUUUGAUAAUUUUCUAUGCUCUUACAACUAUUUUUCUUUUCCGAAUAUGCACAAUUUUCUUUUAUAACUUAGAAUAAUGUAAGCUUGCCAAUAAUUGGUCAGAUUUAAUAAAAAUGUAUCACGCAAAAAAAAA